UGCUAUUUAAAUGUAUAUAUUUUUUUUUAGCUAUGUCUGUAUUUUUUACUUUUUAUAUAUAGUAAAUAAUAAUUCUUGCUUGAAUUGUAUUAUGCUUUUUUUAAUUCAUAUAUAUGUAUUAAAAAUAUGUAGAUGUAUUUCCUUCCUAAAUGCAGUUUAUUGAACAGUCAUUCUUGCUUAUUUUGUUUUUUGGUUUAUUUUUAAUAGUAUAUAUUCAUUUUGGAUAUGGUAUGUUAGUAUUUUUCCUUUUUAAAUGUAGUUUAAUUUAUGAAUAAUUAUUGUUCAUGCAGUUUGUUGUGCUAUUUUUAAAUAAUACGUAUUUAGUUUAGUUACAGUAGGUCUGUAUUUUUUCCUUUUUAAAUGUAUUUGAAUGAAUAAUACCAUUGUUCUCCACCUGUUCUGUUGUGGUUUUAUCAUGCAAAUUUCCACCAGUUUACUUUGCCACCAGAAAACUGCAGCCAAAGACUUCCAAUAAAUCUGCAGGCUCAGAUUCCACAUACAGUACAGUUUUUCCCUGUGUGUGUGUGUGUGUGUGUGUGCGCGUGUGGUUCUUUUCUAGUUGGUAGAUCUACACCAUGCAAGCAAUGAUUUGAUAUCUAUUAGAUCUGUGCCAUUACCAUAAAAAAAGAGAAGUGUAGGGGCCGAAUUACAUUAUGACGUUAACACAUUUAAAUUGACCGGCCUCCGCCUAUUUAUUUGCGGAAGAGUGGACAGGUAGUGGAAUAUUUUGUGCGGUACAUACCUCUAGAAAGAUCGAUCGCACGCACACGAGCUGCGGUAACGUCCACCGAUGAGGGCAGAAACAUCCUCACUUGAGGGCCACGCUCUGUCCUACAAGAUGAACUGCUUGGAAAACGACAUCAAUCAAAACUUCCAGGACGCCAUCGACGUCCUUCAGCAGCAUUCCAAUAUGUCCUACUAUGACUCAGAGUACGCAUACUACGAGACUGUGGGUCCCCAGCAGCCGUCUCUGCAGUGCCAGAUCUCCUACUGCCUGGUCAGCCCCCACUCUGACGUCCCAGCACCCAUGUAUGACUGGAGUGACACCAGCCUACAAGGGCAGCAGACGUGGUCUCAGAUGAUCCCUGAAGCCUCCUUAGAGGACUCGGUGCAAACUGAACCUGCUCACGUCUACUCCCAACUUCCGUCGCAAAGGAAUAACAAAGGUCGCAAGAAGCUCCGACUUUACGAGUACCUCCACGAGGCCCUCAACGAUCCCGACAUGGGCGACUCCAUCCAGUGGAGCGACAGCACCAGCGGAACCUUCCACUUCAUCUCCAAGAACAAAGAAAGGCUGGCCGAGUCCUGGGGCCAACGCAAGGGCAACCGCAAGGCCAUGACCUAUCAGAAGAUGGCGCGGGCCCUGCGCAAUUACCGGCACACGGGCGAGAUAAUCAAGGUCCGCCGCAAGCUCACAUACCAGUUCAACCCGGACAUCCUGCACCGGCUGGGCUCGGGACAGGCGCACAGGAACCGGCAGCCGAGCCCGGCCAGACGAAGCUACUGCGGCUCUGCGGCGCCGGACUGGCAGAACUGGUACGCGCCAUACCAGGAGCAGGACUACGAGCAGGCUGCAAGCUUCAACUCGCAUUGCUGAAAGACUUUUCAGUCGAUACAUUUCACCAAAAAGAUUAGUGAAAAAUAAAUGUAAAAUAUUUUUUCUAU